CUUUGCGACAAGCUAAAAAAUCUGAAUAACUGCAAUAUUAUUAUACAAUGUAACAUUAUGAUACAUGUGUAUCCGUUUCGUGAAAAAUAUUCUUGUACCAAUUUAAGUUGGGAUGGAAAAGGUGUACCUGAUAUCAUUGCGAAAAACAAUAUCACCAGUAGGAAAUGCAGUGUUGAUUAUUUCUCAUUUGGGGUUUGGGGGCAGGAAACAGUUAGAGUAUAGGAAUGCUGGGAUGCUUGUGAAUGAAUCAGGUAGCUUAGCUGGUAACUCAAACAUAUGGCCAUAUGUGAUAACGAAACGAUGUGCAGGGAAUAUGUUUGCAGAAUUAAGAGAUAAACUGACAUGGGAAGAUAAAACAAACUUGGCCUCAUUCUUGGGGGAGCAACUGCAUUAUCUUCAUCUUUUGUCAUAUCCGCCUCCAAAUAUCUCAUCUUUCUGUGAUAUUGAUCAUGAAUUAAGCUUGGUUGAGGCUAAUGGUUAUAUUGCAACUGUUACCAGUAAAUCAAAUGUUACAGCAGAAUGGUGGCUUUUCACCAGAACCUUAGCAAAGAUGAGGAAAGAUGUGUCAAGCCGUUUGAUCAAGUGUAUUAUCAUUAUUGAGACUGGAUGAGCAAAACAUGUUGCAGGAUGUAAACACGAAGAAACCGGUUAGACGAAACAGUAAAAGCUUGGAUUUUGGCAGUGUGAGUAUUAGAUUC